AGACACCUCGUGGAUAUGUUGCGUCAACAGCUUAACGACUUAGCAUUGUUCAUCCUGGCACCUCGAUGUUACCUAGAUAUUGCGGAUUACAUGAAAGUCUGUAAACGGGACCAAAGCACCAUCAAUGAGUGUGUCAAGAAUUCCAUCGAGAACCUUCGCCCGAACCUCAUAGCUGGUAUCCCGGAGAUCAAUGUGCCCAGCAUCGAACCGUUUUAUAUUACUGAGGUGGUCGCUAUAAAUGGUGACUUGGCUCCACUGAAGGCGUCAGCAACAAAUGUCAAAGUUUCAGGCGCUGGCAAUUUCUCCAUUAAGAGUUUGGACCUCGACUUAGAAACCUACACGAUUCGUGCCCGUCUCCGCUUCCCACUGCUUCACUUGGAAGGAAACUACAAGAUGGACACCCAGAUCCUCGUAGUGCCACUUAAAGGAGAAGGAAAUGUUUACGCUGAUGCAGUGAAAUGCGACGCAGAUAUCGAACUAAAGAGCAAAAUUUACAAUCGCGAUGGAAAGCAGCACAUCAAAUUCACGAGUUUAAACGUUAAGUUGAACCUUAAGGACUAUAAGAUUCGUCUCACUGGACUCUUCAAUGGAGACAAAACGCUGGAGGAAGCUACAAACGAAGCGAUCAACCAGAACCGUGGUGAAUUCUUAGAAGCAAUGAAGCCAUACCUCGAGAAGACGGUCGCCAAAGUGCUGUUGGAUUCCGCCAAUAAGAUCGUCCACCCCUUGCCUUUAGAAGACCUGUUCCCUCUAAAAUACUACAACUUGAAGGAUGUAAAAGGAAUUAGAUUUGUUCUUCUCUGGGACCUGAGUAAGCUCCAAGCCAAUGACAAUUGGCAAGAGACCGCUCAGCACCGGGGAAGGUGGAGAGUUCUCGUCUCGGAGGCCAAGACCCACUUCGGGUUUACGAAAGAGUUUCUUGUGCAAGAUAACGAAAUGUUGACUAUCGCUCCGUUCCUGUUUGCUCUGCACUUUGCGGGUGCUGAAAUACCUCCGUACAUCAAAAUAUGUCAUCGAGAUGACCCCAACGUGGACAAAUGCAUCAUCAACUCCAUAGAGGAGCUUAGACCUAAGCUUAUCAAGGGUAUACCCGAACUAGAUGUACCAGGGAUAGAGCCUUUAAGUCUUGGUCAAAUAGCAUUAGCAAGAGGACCCCAAGGUGCGAAGUUAACUGCUGUGGUCAAUGACGUCAAAGUGAGGGGACCGAGCAACUUCAAAAUUACUGAAUUGAAAUCGGACCUGAACAAAAACAAGUUUGAUUUCAAAAUAUUAUUGCCGAAGUUGGAGUUCGCUGGGAAAUAUAAAAUGGACAUACAAGUGUUACUGCUUCGUCUUCAGGGACGAGGAAAUAUUACGGGAUCGUUUAAGGACUACGCCUGCAACGUCACGAUGCGUGGACACAAGGAAAAGAGGGGUGACGAAGAAUACCUAAAAUUUGAUCCAAUGAAGGUCAAACUACGUGUAGGAGAUUCUUCCAUUUACCUCACAAAUCUGUUCGACGGUGAUCCCGUACUCGGACCAGCUACCAACAGGGUCAUUAAUGAAAACUCUCAAGUAUUCCUCUCAGAAAUCAGCCCAGUUAUGGAGAAGAGUUUGGCGGACAUAUUCACGGAAAUAUCAAAUAAAAUUACAUCUAAAUUUACGUAUAAGGAACUUUUCCCUUAAAGUUAGGUGUGGCUACACAGUGUAAAGCUUAUAGUUAAUUUUUCGUCUAUAACUAUUAUUUCGUGUAAAUUUAUGAUUCCAAUUCAUUUCAUUUUAUAGUUUCAUAAUUAUGUGACUUUAACAUUAAAUAAUUUUGGCACAAAUAAAAAAAAUCUUUAAAAACAAAUGUCAACAUGUCACUUUGAUAUCAUAUAACCUAAGCAUAUAACAAAAAGCUUAUUGCGAUAUUUUAAUACCUAUACAUUUCAUGAAAAUAUAUGUUAAUUAAAAUUAAAUCAGGUAGCAUUUGAAUAUUAGCUUUAACUUACUGGUAGCCACCAUCAUUUUAGUUAUUAGUUUUUUUGUGAUAAAUGUUUGAAAAUGUGAUUUUUAGUUGUUUAUCUAUUUUUUGUUGAACUUAAUUCGUUUUCUUUUCAAUAAAAAUUUAGUUUGCACUAUGGAAGCAUUGAAAGUAAUGAGGCUGUUUGAAAAUGAAGUAUUUUUAGUAAACGUAUGAUUGAUUUAUUAAUUAGAGAUUAUUGGUUAAUGAUGAAUGAUUUUUAAAGAAAAUAACUGAUUACAAAUUAUUUUUCAGUUAAAUAAAUUACCAAAUGUCUGUGUAUUAUAAGAUGGUGUUAGUUUUUUGUAUUUAGAAUUUAGUAUUAGUUUGAAUGUUUGUAAAUAUAUUUUAUUAAUGUUAAGCAUCAAUCGGUUUUUAUAUGUUUUUAAUAAAAUUUAUGAAUGAAAUUAA